AGUAUCGGUGACCCGUAUGAUCAGCUGUUUUUUUUUUCUUAAAAGUCCUCCAAAUCGUGGAAAUCUUGCCAAGAUGAGUACUACACCCUCUGAAGAACCGGAAGAUAAACCACAGGAUAAACGUCCCAAGCUGAGUAUGGAUGAGAAAAAAGAGACGACGGCGACUGCUCCAUUAAGAUGCAAGUAUUUCGUUCAGCGAAAGAAGCGGUUUUGUAAAAUGACGGUAGGCCGAGGGCGCGAAUACUGUGGUGAGCAUGAGCCUCACAUCAAAUCUGUUGCUGAGGUGGAGGUCGACGCACUAUUACCGACCGAUAGGAUACCGUGUCCGUUGGACCCCAAACACAGUGUGUCCAGAUCGAAACUGGAAAAGCAUCUUAAAAUCUGCAAUGCAAAACCAGGUAAACUACCGGAUUAUAUUCAGGUUGGCGUUAAUGCUGACUCUGAGGGGGAGUUUGAAGUCGUCGGGGAAAUAGGAGAAUGCAAGUUAUCUGAGGUUUCCCUGGAAGAGUUGGAUGGAUUGAUUAAACGAAUCACCAAAAUCUAUGAAGACACAAAGGUUGGGACCAUAGAAGAACUGAUACUGGAACAUGCAGCUUUUCGAGAUGAAUUGGCAAAUGAAAGUUACGGUCCACAAACUUUAAAGCAUUUGAAACAAUCGGCCUCGCUGCUGGGUAUAGUUGAACACGAACAUUUCCUAUCCAAUGAUACUGCAUUUGUAGAGUUUGGAGCUGGCAAGGGACAGGUAGCAUUUUGGUUGGCCACCAUUAUUCAGCAGCUUCAAAAAGCAACAGAAGGAAAAAUAAAUAAUGCUAAAGUAUUGCUGAUAGAUCGAGCUUCGCACAGGCAUAAGAAGGAUAAUAAAAUUGACGACCGAGAUUUGGUACAACGGGUGCGAGCAGAUAUUGCCGAUUUGGUACUUGGAAAGCUAGAAUUGCUCAAUGGAACCCAGAAUGUGGUAGGUGUUGGCAAACACCUGUGCGGCGGGGCUACAGAUUUGGCAUUGCGAUGUUUGAUUCGAGCAAACCGUAAAAAUUCGACCGAAAUUGAAGGUUUGAUGUCGAAAGGGUUUGUAUUUGCCCUUUGUUGUCAUCAUCGAUGUGAUUGGAAAACGUACACUGGAAAGCAAUUUCUGCAGGAAAGAGAAAUUAAAGCCAAUGAUUUUCAGCUCAUUGUCAAAAUGGUGAGCUGGGCUGUCUGUGGAACGGGUACAAGUAGAGAAAGACGCAAGUCCGAUGGCUCGGAAUCUGAUACUCUAAAAUACGGAUUAACUCGGGCCGAGCGCGAGAUGAUUGGGUAUAAGUGCAAGAGGGUUUUGGAUUGGGGACGAAUUAGGUAUCUCGAAAGCAACGGUUUUACGGCAAAUCUCAAAUACUACGCAAAAAAAGAUAUCACCCUUGAAAAUGUAUGUUUGAUAGGACAUAUAAAAAAGGUUUGACUCUUCGAUUUAAACU